CGCCCGGCUUCCCUCUUCCGAUCCCCCGGAGCCCGUGUCGCCCCUCCGCCUCGCCUUCCUUUGAUGCCUGGAGGCAGCGAGCGGGAAGGAAGCCACUUCUCCCGACCGAGGAGGAGAGGCCAAAGGAGGAGAAGGGAAGCCCGGGAGGGACCCGCGGCGGGAGCAGGAGGAGGAGGGGGAAGGCGCUUCGGAGCCGGCGGCGGAGAGGCCCCCCUAAAGCCCGGGAAGGAGGCUCCCCGUCGGGGCUGAGCGGAGCGGAGGAGGAAGAGGAAGAAGAAAAGAAAAAGAAGGAGAAGAAGAAAGAGAAAGAGAGGGAGAAAGAGGAGGAAAAGAAGAAGGAGAAACAGGAGGAGGAGGAACAGAAGGAGAAAGAGGAGAAAAAGGAGGAAGCAGAGGGGGAGAAAGACGGGGAAGGAGGGCAGGAGCAUCCCCGGCGUCCUCCCUUGAGCCGCCCUCCCUUGGUCCCCGCCUGAGGCCGGUGAGGGCCCUCUCCUCCUCCUCCGCCGCCACGGGGCCUGCCCUCUCCUCCUCCUCCUCCUCCUCCUCCUCCUUCUGCCGCUGAUGCCCGGCGGGGCCCCGCGAUGACUCUGAGCUCGGAGAUGUCCGAUGCUGCCUCCGUCUUGGCCGAAGAGACGGACAUCGACGUGGUCGGGGAGGGAGACGAGGAAGAGGAGGAGGAAGAGGAAGAGGAGGAAGACGAGCCUCUCCCUCGUCGCCUUUACCAGGAGGAGGAAGAGGAGGAGGAAGAGGAGGAGGAAGAGGAGAUCUGCCUGCCUGGAUCCCCGAGGGCGCGGGCGUCGGGAGGCUCCCCGGGCUCCGGCUCGCCUUCUUCCUCCUCCUGCUCCUCGUCCUCGCAGCCGGGCCCCUUGGCGGCGGGGCUCCCCGGGGGCAAGGCCAGCCUGGUGAAGCCGCCCUACUCCUACAUCGCCCUGAUCACUAUGGCCAUCCUGCAGAGCGCCAAGAAGCGGCUGACGCUGAGCGAGAUCUGCGAGUUCAUCAGCGCCCGCUUCCCUUACUACCGGGAGAAGUUCCCCGCCUGGCAGAACUCCAUCCGCCACAACCUCUCCCUCAACGACUGCUUCGUCAAGAUCCCCCGGGAGCCCGGCAACCCGGGCAAGGGCAACUACUGGACCCUGGACCCGGAGUCGGCCGACAUGUUCGACAACGGCUCCUUCCUCCGCCGCAGGAAGCGCUUCAAGAGGCAGCAGCAGCAGCAGCAGCACCAGCACCAGCCCCACUCGCACCCGCAAGGGCCCGAAGCCCUGCUGCUCAGGGGCCUGGAGCCGGCCGCCUUCCUGCCGGCCCCGCAGCCCCCGCCUCCCUACCCCUAUGGGCCCUACAACUGCGGCUACGGCCUCCAACUCCAGCCCUUCCACCCGCCCCCCGCGGCCCUCUUCGCCUUCCACAGCCCCGGGCGACAGCAGCAGCCCCAGCCCCCGCCGCCAGCUCCGCUCCUCCCGGCUGCCCCCGGGCCCGACCUGGCCCCCAGGACCCCGGCCUUCGCUUACCCGGCCUCCUCCAAGCCCUCCUCGGCUUUGGCCAGGUCGCCCUUCUCCAUCGAGAGCAUCAUCGGCGGCUGCGGCGUUUUGAACCCAGGACCCGGCUGCUCUUCCCACUCGGCGGUGCUGCCGGCCCUGGCCCGCUCCCUGAUGGCCUCCUCUUCCUCCUCUUCCCCUUCCUCCUCCUCCUCCUCCUCUUCCUCGCCCGCCUUGGGGCCUUCUCCGUCUCCGGCCUCUUUAGGGCCCCUCCAUCAAAAUGCCCACCAUUUCCCUCCUAGGAUCCCCAAUUGCUAGUUUCCAAUUGCUGCCCGAAGGUAGGACUGCUUCCCCCUCCGCUUUCUGCCUUUCUUUCAGCCCCCCCCCCUUUCGCUUCUUGGUGCAUCCACUCUGGAGGGAUUAACCCGCUUUGAGACCGCUGUCACGGCCUUGGCUCCAUGGGUAUGGAAUUCUGGGAACUGGCGUUUGUUGGGGCUUUUUCAGUCGAGAAGAGAGUCUCACAGGAAAGACAAAAGUCACCCCAAUACUUUGUAGGCAUUGGAAUGAUGCUAAAGGUGUGGGUUUGUUUAGCUUUUAUUAUUUACGGUUUUAUACAUCUCCUCAGGAUACCAAGAAGAAAGUUAAAGAAAGAUUGUUUUGCAGAGCAUUGCCUACAUACAUGUGUGUAUAUACACACACAUACAUAUACACAUACAUACACACAAAGUUAUGUAGGCAAUGCAAAAGGAUCGUUUUGCAGAGCAUUGCCUACAUAACGUGUAUAACGUAUUCAUACACACACACACAC